GUUUGUGUAACCGUGUAUGUGUGUGUGUGUUGUUCGCUCGCAUGCGUGCCCGAGGCGCACGCGAGCCAGAGAGCUGGCCGUGGGCGCUGUCAGGACCGGGGCCGGAGGGGGGCGCGGGGGCGAGCUCGGGGCGGGGGCCAGGGCUCGGCCCGCCCCGGGAGCCGGCCCCUCAGAGCCUCCGGCCCUGCAAAGGGACGUGUUCUCCUUUAAGAGUUAAGAAACUUGAAACCUUGUUUGCGCAACAAUCAGCGCCGCGGAGCCGCCAAAGUGUCUAGACUGGCAUAUGAUGGGAGGCAGCCAAUGACUCCGCGGCGCUCCUCCGGGGGCCCUCAGUGUGCGUUUGAGGAGAACAAAAAAGAGAGAGAGCCGAUCUGGGGAGCGAGCGAGGGAGCCGAGCCGAGAGAAAGAGCCGCCGGGCGCUGCCUCGCCAGACCUCGCUGGGACCGCGGGGCCACCGGGAGGCACUUUUUGUGGAGGGGGGAGGGGGGCGACCUCUGCAGCCGCAACGUCCCGGGCGUCCCAGCGCAGCGUGGGGCGGGCUGCGACCUCUUCCUCGGUGGAUUGCAUUUUUAAUUAAGGAUUCCCAGCAGCUCUUUGGGAUUUUUACAGUUUCCACUCAUGUGUUGACACCCGCGUUCAGGAGAAAUUCGCUCCAAGUGCAUCUAGCGCCCGGGACCUGAGACGGAGUUGGCCUUUCGUGCAUGCAAUUCCAGGGAUUUUGGUUUUGUUUGGGGUUUCUUUUUCUUUCUUUCCCCCCCCCCCCUUUUUGCAGGGAGUAAGAAGGAAGCCGAGGGUAUCAACAAGCCUGCCUUUCGGAUCCUGCAGGAAAAGCCCAUGUAGUGAAGCUCUUGGGUUUUAAAAGCAGGGCUUCCCAGACACAUUUGGGGGGUUCGGCGCGAGCGCUUUGUGCUCAUGGACCAGCCGCGCAACUUUUGAAGGCUUGCCGGCCCAUGCGGGGUCCUUCUGGCGGUGCGCCGCCUGCAGUCCCUGUAAAGCGCCGGGGCUGGAAUUGCUGAGCCGCCCGGCCGCCGGGGUCCAUGUAGCCGCGGGUCAGGCGCGGACUGCGGCUCGGCGUGCGCGCGUUCCCCGCCGUCCCGCCCCGGCGAGCUCCCUCAUGUUGCAGCCUUGCGGCGCCCCUUCGACGACAGGCUGUGCGCGGUCUGCACGGCGCCCGGCGGCAGAGCUUCAUGUGGGGCUGCGGCUCGCGCAGCCGGCGCCUCGCUGAGGGAACUGAACCCCGGUAACCGGAGACCGCCUCCCCCCCCACCCCUGGCGCCAAAGGAUAUCGUAUGUUCAGGUCCAAACGCUCGGGGCUGGUGCGGCGACUUUGGCGAAGUCGUGUGGUCCCCGACCGGGAGGAAGGCGGCGGCAGCGGCGGCGGCGGCGACGAGGAUGGGAGCGAGGGCAGCAGAGCUGAGCCGGCCCCGAGGCCACGAGAAGGCGGAGGCUGCAGCCGCCCCGAAGUCCGCCCGGUAGCCCUGCGGCGGCCCCGGGACGCGGUGGGACAGCGAGGCGCCCAGGGCGCGGGGAGGCGCCGGCGCGCAGGGGGCCCCCCGAGGCCCAUGUCGGAGCCGGGGGCCGGAGCUGGGGGCUCCCCGCUGGACGUUUCGGAACCAGGAGGCCGGGGCUGGCUGCCUGAAAGUGACUGCGAGACGGUGACCUGCUGCCUCUUCACGGAGCGGGACGCUGCUGGCGCGCCCCGGGACGCCGGCGACCCCCUGGCCGGGGCGGCCCUGGAGGCGGCGGGCAGCGGGCGGAGUCGUGAAGCCCGCUCGCGGCUGCUGCUUCUCGAGCAGGAACUCAAGACGGUCACGUACUCGCUGCUGAAGCGGCUCAAGGAGCGCUCGCUGGACACGCUGCUGGAGGCGGUGGAGUCCCGCGGCGGCGUGCCGGGCGGCUGUGUGCUGGUGCCGCGCGCAGACCUCCGCCUGGGCGGCCAGCCCGCGCCGCCGCAGCUGCUGCUCGGCCGCCUCUUCCGCUGGCCCGACCUGCAGCACGCCGUGGAGCUCAAGCCCCUGUGCGGCUGCCACAGCUUCGCCGCCGCAGCCGACGGCCCCACCGUGUGCUGCAACCCCUACCACUUCAGCCGGCUCUGCGGGCCAGAAUCACCGCCACCCCCCUACUCUCGGCUGUCUCCUCGUGACGAGUACAAGCCACUGGAUCUAUCUGAUUCCACAUUGUCUUACACUGAAACGGAGGCCACCAACUCCCUCAUCACGGCUCCGGGUGAAUUCUCAGGAAAUCCAUUGAGGGGCAGACAGGCAUCACCCAUUUUCAAGCUGACUGGGGAAUCUUGCUGGGGUCUUGAGACGCCCAGGGCAGUGAUCUUUCUGCUGUACAUGGACUUGAGUGGGCCAGGAUGGCAAGAGGCAGUGUUGGAAGCCUUGGCUGUGAGACGCCAGCAUGUCUCCGGAUGCCACCAAGCCGAGCCAUUGGUGCAGCGUGGCCUACUGGGAGCACCGGACACGUGUGGGCCGCCUCUACGCGGUGUACGACCAGGCCGUCAGCAUCUUCUACGACCUACCUCAGGGCAGCGGCUUCUGCCUGGGCCAGCUCAACCUGGAGCAGCGCAGCGAGUCGGUGCGGCGCACGCGCAGCAAGAUCGGCUUUGGCAUCCUGCUCAGCAAGGAGCCCGACGGCGUGUGGGCCUACAACCGCGGCGAGCACCCCAUCUUCGUCAACUCCCCCACGCUGGACGCGCCCGGCGGCCGCGCCCUGGUGGUCCGCAAGGUGCCUCCCGGCUACUCCAUCAAGGUGUUCGACUUCGAGCGCUCCGGCCUCCUCCAGCACGGGCCCGAGCCCGAUGCCGCCGACGGCCCCUACGACCCCAACAGCGUCCGCAUCAGCUUCGCCAAGGGCUGGGGGCCCUGCUACUCCCGGCAGUUCAUCACCUCCUGCCCCUGCUGGCUCGAGAUCCUUCUCAACAACCACAGAUAGCGGCCCCGCCGCCGGGCCGGUGCCCAGAGACACAGCCCCACCGGAAGAACCCCCCCCCCCCAGAUAUCAUCUACCUAGAUUUAAUAUAAAGUUUUAUAUAUUAUAUGGAAAUAUAUAUUAUACUUGUAAUUAUGGAGUCAUUUUUACAAUGUAAUUAUUUAUGUAUGGUGCAAUGUGUGUAUAUGGACAAAACAAGAAAGACGCACUUUGGCUUAUAAUACAGAUAUAUUUUCUUUCUUU